GUUAAAUAUGAUAAUCAGAUGGCCGCCCAUUUUUAAAGUCAACGUUUGCUCAUUAGAUAUACAAGUAAAUCAUUACUCUCUUGAUCUGGUAAAAUCUCUGUGAUCUAUACAUCUUCUCUCUAAUGGAUCUUAACCUUCUCCUUGUGACAGUUGCUGCUACCAUCUUUACGCUUUUGUUUUGUAUAAUCUUUUCUUUUGUGUAUGGAAAGUUCAGAGUCCAAAAUAACAAAAUAAUAAUUGCUUCUUCAUCAUCUCCACCAUCUCCCAAGUCAACUUUGCCUCGUAACUCCAUACACGAUGUCUUCCCGAGCUUCCACGGAGCAGAUGUCCGUAAAUCCUUUCUCAGUCAUCUUCUCAAGGAGUUUGGGAGCAAAGGAAUCAACCUGUUCAUUGAUAACGACAUCACUAGAGGAGAGUUGAUCGGCCCUGAGCUCAAGAAGGCGAUCCAAGGAUCAAGAAUCGCUAUCGUGUUGCUCUCGAAAAGAUACGCUUCUUCGUCUUGGUGUCUUGACGAGUUAGUGGAGAUUAUGAAGUGUAAAGAAGAGAUAGGUCAAACGGUGAUGUCCGUUUUCUAUGAAGUGGAUCCAAGUGAUGUCAAGAAGCAGGCCGGUGAGUUUGGGAAAGUCUUUAAAAAAACUUGUAAAGGUAAAACAAACGAGGUUACUAGGAAAUGGAGUCAAGCUUUGGCACAAGUGGCCACACUCGCUGGUUACCAUUCAAAGAACUGGGAUAAUGACGCAAAAAUGAUAGAAGAUGUUGCCACUGAUGUUGGAAAGAAGUUGUUUAACUCCACGCCGCCAAGAGAUUUCGACGAAUUCAUUGGGAUGGAAGCUCAUAUGAACAAGAUUUCACGGGUUUUACGCACAGAUUUGGAUGAAGUGAGGAUGAUAGGGAUUUGGGGGCCGGCUGGGAUUGGCAAGACCACCAUUGCUAGGUGUCUGUUUAAUCAACUAUCACAUACUUUUCAAUACAGCACCUUUCUGAUGAAUGUCAAAGCAAUGUAUACGCCACCAAUUUGUUCAGACGACCACAAUGUGAAGUUGCUUUUGCAGCAAAAGCUUUUGUCUCAACUACUCAACCAGAAGGAGGAGAAUUUCAAAAUUUCUCACUUGGGAGUUGCACAAGAAAGACUGAACGAUAAGAAAGUUCUUGUUGUUCUUGAUGAUGUUGAUCGGUUAGUACAACUAGAAGCAAUGGCCAAAGAAACUCGGUGGUUUGGUCAUGGAAGUCGAAUUAUCAUUACAACCCAAGAUCGAAAGAUUCUGAAGGCACAUGGGAUCACUGAUAUUUACAAGGUUGAUUUUCCAUCAACUUGUGAGGCUAUUCAAAUGUUUUGUAUGUAUGCUUUUGGUCAAAAAUUCCCUAAAGAUGGUUUUGAGAACCUUGUAUGGGAAGUUACAAGACUCGCCGGUAGACUCCCUUUGGGGCUAAGGGUUAUGGGAUCUUAUUUUCGUGGAAUGUCCAAGAAGGAGUGGGAAAACGCACUACCAGAGCUAUGGAUGUGCCUUGAUGGAGAAAUUGAGAGCAUUUUGAUGUUCGGUUAUAGCGAAUUAUCUCAUGAAAAUAAAGAUUUGUUUCUUCAUAUAGCUUGCUUUUUCAACCUUGAAAGGAUGGAGAAAGUGAUAGAGCACCUUUCAAAGAGAUUUUCUGAUGUGAGGCGAAGGCUUAACGUAUUAGCUGACAAGUCUCUCAUAUCUUUGGGAAGUGGAUUUGUGAGUAUGCAUGAUCUGUUAGUCCAGCUGGGUAGAGAUAUUGUCCGUAAACAGUCCACUGAGCCUGGACAACGCCAGUUUCUGGUCGAUAAAAGAGAGACUCGUGAAAUACUUGCUGAUGAUGCAGCCGGUAGUAGAUGUGUUAUUGGCCUAAAGGUUUAUGGAGAGGAAAUAAACGUGAGUGAGAGAGCCUUUGAAGGAAUGUCUAAUCUCCAGUUCUUAAGAUUCGGACUGAAACGUGAUGGUGGAGGAGAUGCAUUUCAUCUAUAUGGUGGACCAAGCUAUUUAUCUAGUAAACUUAGAUUACUAGAAUGGAGGUAUUUUCCGAUGACAUGUUUGCAUUGUAUUCCCAACCCAGAGCUCCUCGUGGAACUAAUCAUGCGUGACAGCAAACUUGAGAAGUUGUGGGAAGCAACUAAACCGCUUAGCAACCUCAAGUGGGUGGAUUUGACUGGUUCAGAAUACUUGAAGAAUGUUUCUAGUCUCUCAACUGCCACUAGUCUACAGGAAUUAGAUCUCAGAGGAUGUUCAAGUUUAGUGGAGCUUCCAUCUUCUAUUGGAAAUGCCAUUCAUCUCAAAAAGUUGGGUCUCAGUGGAUGUUCAAGUUUGGUAGACCUCCCUUACUCUGUUGGGAAUGCAACUAAUCUCCAGUUUCUGUCUAUUGAUGGUUGUUCAAGUUUAGUGGAGCUUCCAUCUUCUCUUGGAAAUGCCAUUCAUCUCAAAAAAUUGGAGCUCACUGAAUGUUCAAGUUUGGUAGAGCUUCCCUCUUCUAUUGGGAAUGCUAUAAGAAACCUAGAGAAAUUAAAUAUCUCAGGAUGUUCAAGUUUGGUGGAGCUCCCUUCCUCUAUUGGGAAUGCCAUUCAUCUCAAAAAGUUGAGUCUCAGUGGAUGUUCAAGUUUGGUAGAGCUCCCUUCCUCUAUUGGGAAUACAACUAAUCUCCAGUCUCUAUUUCUUAAAGGUUGUUCAAGUUUAGUGGAGCUUCCAUCUUCUAUUGGGAAUGCAACUAAUCUCCAGUUUCUGUUUCUUAAAGGUUGUUCAAGUUUAGCGGAGCUUCCAUCUUCUAUUGGGAAUGCAACUAAUCUCCGGUAUCUGUUUCUUAAAGGUUGUUCAAGUUUAGUGGAGCUUCCAUCUUCUAUUGGGAAUGCCAUUCAUCUCAAAGAGUUGAAUCUCGCUGGAUGUUCAAGUUUAGUGGGGCUUCCAUCUUCUAUUGGGAAUGCCAUUCAUCUUCAAAAGUUGGAUCUCGCUGGAUGUUCAAGUUUGGUAGAGCUCCCUUCCUCUAUCGGUAAUGCCAUAAAAAACCUCCAGGAAUUGGAUUUUAGUGAUUGCUCAAGUUUAGUGGGAGUUCCUUCCUCUAUUGGAAACGCCACUAAUCUCAAGUGUUUGAAAUUUAGUAGAUGCUCAAGUCUUGUAGAGCUUCCUGCCUCUAUUGGAGACCUCCAUAAACUAGAAUCUUUGAUUUUGAGAAAAUGUUGCAAGCUAGAGGUUCUUCCUGUCAACAUCAACUUGAAAUCUCUGAAGACACUUGAUCUCACUGAUUGCGCCUUGAUGAAAAGUUUUCCUGAGAUCUCGACAAACAUCGAAGAUAUGUAUCUAACUGGAACUGCGAUUAAACAAGUGCCUUCAUCGAUCAGGUUGUAGUCUCAUCUAUGUGACUUGCAUAUGUCAUACAACGAGAACCUCAAGGAGUUCCCUCAUGUUCUUGACACCUUGACAGGUUUGUUCAUGAGCAACACAAAAAUACAAGAGAUUCCUCCUUGGAUCAAUAGAAUAUCUCGUCUUCAUCGACUUGUAUUCAACGGAUGCAAAGAUCUUUUGUCACUCCCACAGCUUCCAAGUUCAUUAUCAGAGCUAGACGCGGAAGAUUGCGAGUCUCUGGAGAGACUAGAUUGCUCCUUUCUAAAUCAAAAUGUUGAUCUCAACUUGGCCAAAUGCUUCAAAUUGAAUAAAAGAAGCGAGCGACGUCAUCAUCCAGACAUCGACUAAUAGAGUAAUGAUCUUACCCGGUAAAGAAAUGCCUAACUACUUCAAUUAUCAAGCUAAUGGAGGUUACCUAGUAAUAAAGUUGAACGAGAGGCCUUUCCCUUCAUCAAUGAGAUGGAAGGCUUGCAUAUUGCUGGUUAGUAAAGAUGAGGUUGAAGCUGCUGAAGUUAAAAGGGUGUAUGUAUAUCAUGGGAUCAAACAGAAUAGCCUCGAUGUCCUGUGCUUUCCAAGUGAACACGUUUUGUUUCCUCCUUUAACGGAACAUCUCUACAUCUUCGAAUUCAACGCACACGUGACUUCAGACGAACUUUGCUUUGAGUUUGGGAUCUACAGUGACGGAUGGAUGAUAUUAGAAUGUGAAGUGCAUUACCUUAAUACCAGUUGAUGGGUUGAUUACAUGUAAUGUUGUAUUUUUGUGUAUGAUUAUCAAUCAUCCUGUUGUGAUGGGU